AUUUCAAUUAAAAAGUAAGAUCUUAACGAAUUUCAGGAAAGAUUUUUUAAAUAAAUAAAUAUAAGCAAGUAAUCUACUUAUGAAACGCUUGAAUAUUUUAAUAUAUUUCUAAAAACAUAAUGUCGUAAUCAAAUAGAAUAACGAAGUGCAAUGUGCAAAUAAGUGAUUUUUAUUGUGAAGUGAUAUAAAAUCGAGGCCCUGGCGUACGUGGAUUUGUCAAGCGUGAUUGAGGUGCAGGAGCGUCUCGGCGGCGGCGGGCUGGGACUCGGCGGCGGCGGCUUCAGGAGCGGCGCCCAGCCGUCCCUCGCUGACUUCCAGCCGCCGUACUUCCCGCCGCCGUUCGCGCCUGCCCCUCAUCCAGCUAGUCCGCAUCAUCAACAACAGAGCCAUGGCAUGGACUACGGGGGCGGCGGUGGUGGGGGCGCGGAGUACGCACAACACUACGCGCCCCAGCAGCUGCUCCCGCGCCACCACGGGCACCACGAGCCGCACGCGCAUCUGCGGCACCACAGGGACCACCACGACGCUAUACAUGCUCACCAUUUAUCCCACGGCGGGUUCAGCUACGGCGGCGGCGACCGGCGGGCGGACUACGGUGCGCGGGAGCAACAUGAGCUGGCGCUGCACCAUGCGUUACAUUCCACGGAAGAAGCGCCGAACUCAGGCAUGGACGACACGAGUGGUUUCAUGACGGACCUACCACUAUUAAAAACAAUGAAAGGACGAGACGGUCUAGGUGGCAGCGGCUCCUGCGCACCGAACGACGUGUUCUGCUCCGUGCCUGGAAGACUGUCGCUGCUUUCCUCAACGAGCAAAUACAAGGUCACAGUCGCAGAAGUUCAGAGAAGAUUGUCACCCCCGGAAUGUUUGAACGCCUCGUUAUUAGGCGGCGUUUUAAGAAGAGCGAAAAGUAAAAAUGGCGGCCGUUUACUUCGUGAAAAAUUAGAGAAGAUCGGUCUGAACUUGCCCGCAGGCCGGCGGAAAGCAGCCAAUGUAACAUUGCUCACUUCAUUAGUAGAAGCUGAAGCAGUACACUUAGCCCGCGACUUCGGCUACGUGUGUGAGACAGAGUUCCCUGCGCGGGCGCUGGCGGAAUACCUCGCGAGGCAGUACGCCGAACACGACGCCAGGCGGCGCAGGGAUUUGCUGCAGGCCACCAAACAGGUGACGAAGGAGCUGAUGGACCUUCUAAAUCAAGAUCGGUCGCCGCUGUGCAACACACGGCCUCCGCACCUCCUAGAGCCAGCCAUCCAGCGACACCUCACGCACUUCUCCCUCAUCUCCCACGGAUUCGGGGGUCCCGCUAUAGUGGCUGCUCUUACUGCUAUACAGAAUUUCCUGAACGAAUCACUGAAACAUUUAGACAAGCUAUAUCCCCAAAGCGGGAUGGUGUCUUCGUCAAUGGACAAGACGAAAAUGGACCCAGACAUCAAGAAGUAACGAAAAAUCAACGUGGAGUCUACAGGAUCAACUUGAAGAAGUUUGAAAAGGACGACCACAACCAAAUAAUACUUUAUCCACGAUGGAUAACGGUUCUUGAUCGGAAGAAGCAACAUGUGGGGUCUAGCGGAUUGACAAAUGAAGAGAAAAAUUAGCGGUGACAUUUGUAAUUGGCUGGUUGAAAAAAAAAAUUACGUGUACCAAAACGGCAGCAAAAUAAAUUGAUCGAAAGAAAAAUUUUUUUUUCGCUCGACUUAUUUGUUUUGAUUGCCAGUACUGGAUGUAUCAUUUCUUUGGAAUUUUAAAAAAAAUAAACUUAAAAAUAUUUUAAAAAAUCUAAGUUUUAAAUUGAGUUCCGAAUUUUGGUGCCAAAAAACCAACCGCCAAUGAAAAACAACGCCCUUAAAACUGCCAAUGUGAGAUUGCGUAUUUAUUUUUAUGAAAGUCUGCGAGCCCAUACAAAUAAAGUGCAAUUAUAAUACUCAAGAUUGUGAGAAUAUGUACAUAUAGAAUUAUAACUAGUAUUAAUUAAGCAUUUAUAUCGUAAUCAGUUUCAUUCAAACGCGUAUAUUUUUACAGAAAAUAGAUUUUCAUCCACCGCAAUAAGGACACAUAUCACGUUUGUAUAUAAUAUAGAACUAAAUAAUAUCGGCGGAUUCAUUCUGCGUAAUAAAUAAUAUUAUUUGGCUUGUCUAGAGUUGGUAACAAGCGAGGAUUUACAGGAUAAAUUGAGGAAAAAAAAUAGUACAAAACUUAAUCAAAUAGUACCUACUUAAUUUUUUUGUUACAAGAUUUUUACUUAAAUUCUUGUAUGUUUGAGUUUUAAUUAACCUCUCCAAUAAAUGUCUUCACAAACAAAUCCCUCGCUGUUAGUAACUGUUGACUUUGCCGAUUUCGAACAAACCAGUGAAAAUAUUUAGUUAAUUAGAUUUAGUAUUGCUAGUGAUUCAAUGUGAACGUGUGCCAAUUAGGUUGUCAUUGGAAAUACGGCAUUAUUUCCAACGAGUAAGUAUUUAAUAUUUAUUAUUGUGUCAUGUACAUAAAAUUUGCUGUUUCCUUGCCUAAAUAGUUUUAAUUAAGCGUUUUAGCCAUAUUAGGGUCGUCACAUCGGGAUGGGUGUGGAAAAAACAAAGUAAAGUUUAUAGUACAAUUAUAAAAACAAGAAUAUCAGCAAAUUAAGCCUGAUUGUUGAAUGUUUUUAAUGAGUAUGUGGCGGUUCUCUACGCCACAAGUCACAAAAACAAAAUCACGCUAUCAAAAACAGCGAAAAGGCUAAGGCUAGAAAGUUUUUUUUUUAAACUCCCCAACAAAUCCAACAGCCGGCCCUAACCGCGUCCGAUGUGUGCCAACCCUUAGUCCAAUUCGGCACUAGAUCGAAUUUUAAUCUGUGAAAUAUUUUAAAGACUAAUAUUAAAAUUUAAAAUUGUUUUUAAAUAGAUACCUAAUAAUUUGACUUGCUCAAAAGCUAGGCUAUUAUUUAUUUCAACGUUAAAAUUGAAAAUAAUUUUUAUUAAUGAAAAUUUACAACUUUUCGAAAUUAAAAUAUUAAAAAAAUUACAUAAACAAAUACAUUUGGUAUGCAUAGAUAAAUAUAACAUUAUUAUUGUGAAAACCAUGAAAUGUUCGCCACAAACCUAAUACAACUAUAACGUUGAAAUAAAUAAAAUUAAAAAACUUUUUGUAAAAUUAUUGUGCCAAACCUAUUUCUUGUGAGC